AUGGGUCUCUCGGUGUCACGUCUCCUUGCCGGUCUUUUUGGCAAGAAGGAGAUGCGAAUUUUGAUGGUUGGUCUUGACGCCGCUGGUAAGACCACCAUCUUGUAUAAGCUCAAGCUGGGCGAGAUUGUAACUACCAUCCCGACCAUCGGAUUCAAUGUCGAGACCGUCGAAUAUAAGAACAUCUCCUUCACCGUGUGGGAUGUCGGAGGACAAGACAAGAUCCGCCCUCUCUGGAGGCACUAUUUCCAGAACACGCAGGGUAUCAUCUUUGUGGUUGACUCGAACGAUCGGGAACGUGUGUCGGAGGCUCGUGAGGAACUUCAGCGAAUGUUGAACGAAGAUGAACUGCGGGAUGCUCUCCUCCUUGUUUUCGCAAACAAGCAAGAUCUCCCCAACGCCAUGAAUGCAGCUGAGAUCACUGACAAGCUUGGAUUGCAAGCUCUUAGGCAGAGAACAUGGUAUAUCCAGGCUGCUUGCGCCACUUCCGGUGAUGGCCUGUACGAGGGUCUGGAGUGGUUGGCAACCAACAUUAAGCGUCGGUCUUAA